AUGAGACAGUUGGCUCUGUUUUUGACGGAGCGAGACGAUAAGGAUCGUCUUAGGAGGCUGUAUAUGCCUCAAAAGCAAUCUGAAUUUCCCCCAGAAUGGCAAACAACUCAGAUUGUUUCCAUUCACAAAGGUUUGUUGGAAUAUAUAGGGGCAAUGGACACACAAUGGCCCCAAUUGGAAUUCCCUGAGCUUAAAACUCUGCAUCUUGAAAAGCUGAUAGUUCCUUCCCUACACGAGGACUGCAGAGCCUUAAAGAGUUUGCAGAAAAUAUAUCCGAGUCUAUGUGAAGGGCUUGGUAAGGAUAAACUGUUCAACUUGCCAGCGCUUUUGGAAUUUAAUGUGGACCACUGCAGUGAUCUGGAGGAGUUGUCGGCAGGAAUCUGUUAUUCAAAAUCUCUGGAAAUUUUGUCAAUUACUCAUUGCCAUAGCCUUGCAAAGUUACCUGAUGAUUUGGGUAAGCUUGGAUCACUUAAGGUGAUAAGAUUGUGUCAAUCUCCAGGAUUGAAAGCACUACCACUUUCCAUCUGCAGUCUUGGAAAUCUAGAAUUGCUUAACAUCUCAUCCUGCAUGGGUUUGAAGGUGGGCAGGAGAAAAGGCUCUGAAUUGAAGAAAACCUUUCAAUCAUUAGCCCAAACGGCGUCUCUAAAAAAGGUGAUCUGUGAUGAGAAUAAUGAGCAGCUGUUCAGAAAUAGCACCAUGACUAUGACUAGCCUUGAAGUUGAAGUUGUAAAAGAAGAAUUCAAUUUGAACUGGCUAUUGACAGAAUCUCAACCUUGCAGAAAAAGGAAAAGAGAAAACAGUGAGAAUCAAGAAUAG